GACUCACUAUAUAUUUAUAGUAGUAACCCAAUUCCAAGUUCCAAGUUCCAAACCAAACAAACUCUAUCCUAAAUCCUAAACCAUGAUUCCGAAGCUUGAGAUCCCUCACUGGGACGCAGACGGAGGACCACUCUCCCCAUUCUCUUUCUCUUCCGACCAUUUCAGAAUGUUCGAAUUCAAGGUCAGGAACUGUCCACGUGGCAGGUCCCACGACUGGACCGACUGUCCCUACGCCCACCCCGCCGAGAAGGCCCGCCGCCGGGACCCCCGCAAGUUCCUCUACUCCGCCACCGCAUGCCCCGAUUACCGGAAGGGGAACUGCAACCGGGGCGACACCUGUCAGUUCGCGCACGGCGUUUUCGAAUGCUGGCUCCACCCCUCGCGCUACCGGACCCAGCUCUGCAACGACGGAACCGCUUGCCGUCGCAGGGUCUGCUUCUUCGCACACACCACCGACCAACUCCGUCUCCUCACGCACUCCGAAUCCUCCUCUCCCACUUCGGUUAUCAACUCUUCCUUUUCGGACUCCCCUCCUUCUUCUCCUUCUCCCUAUGCCUCCAUGCGGAAUGUCCAACUUCAACACUCUUUCACACGGGCCGUCUUUCGCUCCCCACGUGCCGCCUUAUGGACCGUCAAUGACUGCCACGAAGAGCCUCCUAUGGAGAGGGUGGAGUCGGGCAGGGACAUUAGAGCCAGAAUCUAUGCUAAACUUAGUAUGGAG